AUGUCCUCAGCAAACAACUCCGAUUUCACCGGCUGGGUAGCCCACGACCCUUCCGCAGCUGAUGGCAACAUGCAAUGGGGUUCGUUCCAACCCAAGACUUUCGAGGAAACCGACAUCGAGCUGGACAUAUCCCAUUGCGGAGUCUGCGGAAGUGAUAUCCAUACACUGCGCUCUGGCUGGGGGCCCUCAGACUAUCCCCUCGUUGUCGGUCACGAGAUCAUUGGCAAGGUCACUCGCGUAGGCAAGGACGUCCACGACCUGAAGAUAGGUGACCGUGUCGGAGUCGGUGCGCAGAGUGAAUGCUGCGAGGCAUGCAAGCCUUGCAAAAUGGAGCAGGAAUCGAACUGCGAGAAGAUGACUAUGACCUUUAACGGAAGGCACUCCAACGGCGAAAAGUCAUAUGGUGGUUACGCGAAGACAUGGCGCGGACCUGCGUCUUUUGCAAUUCCUAUCCCUGACGGUCUGCCUUCAGAAUUCGCUGCUCCGCUUAUGUGUGGAGGUGUAACUGUUUACAACCCACUCGUUUCUUACGGUGCUGGCCCAGGGAAGCGAGUGGGUGUCGUGGGCGUUGGCGGUCUCGGACAUUUUGCUCUGCUCUUCGCCAAGUCUAUGAAUUGCGACAAGAUCGUCGCCAUCUCGCGCUCAUCCAGCAAGAAGCAGGAUGCGUUAGAACUAGGUGCCGAUGAGUUCAUUGCCACAGGCGAGGAUUCCGAGUGGAUGGCCAAGAACGCAAACUCGCUCGACCUCAUCAUCUCUACAGUCUCCGGCUCCUUUUCUCUCGACUCUUACCUCCAGCUUCUAGACGUCAAUGGCACAUUUGUGCAGCUUGGUGCUCCAGACGAUCCGUUGCCCAGCUUCUCUCCCAUGGGUCUGAUCUUCAAGAACUUGAAGAUUGCUGGUAGCUUGAUUGGAACAAGGCAGCAUAUUCGGGACAUGUUGGAGUUGGCGAAGAAGACGAACCUACAGGCGUGGGUUCAGGUCAGGCCGAUGAGCGAGGCAAACCAGGUCGUUAUCGACUUUGAGAAAGGAUUGCCGAGGUACCGAUAUGUGCUCAAGAACUGA